GGUCGAGAUGCGUGCUCGGCACCACAUGGCUCGUGCCCAUCUCGCACUGAAAAAUUUCUAUUUCCAUCCCUCACCAACCGGACCGGAGCCAUUGGUGAUUAGUAAAGUUGACAACGCAGCAUAUCUGCAACUCCUCCAAUCAUACCCAAUUUUCCGUCCGCGUUCAUUUUCCCGCAAAAUCUAUAUAAACUCCAGCAGACGCCCAGCAGCGCAAAACAAAUUUGAUAAGCCAUGGCCGCAUCUGGUUCCAUUCAGAAGUCAGACGAAGAAUGGCGUGCAGUUCUGUCUCCGGAGCAGUUUCGAAUCCUUCGUGACAAAGGAACAGAGCCAAAAGGCACUGGAGAAUAUGACAAGUUCUUUUGUGAUGGCGUCUAUAAUUGUGCUGGUUGCGGGACGCCACUCUACAAAUCUACCACCAAAUUCAACUCUGGGUGUGGUUGGCCUGCUUUCUACGAGGGUUUCCCUGGAGCAAUUAAUCGCACUCCAGACCCAGAUGGGAGAAGAACCGAAAUCACAUGUGCAGCUUGUGGCGGUCAUUUAGGCCAUGUUUUCAAAGGCGAGGGAUUUAAGACGCCCACGGAUGAACGUCACUGUGUCAACAGUGUCUCGAUCAAGUUUUCCCCAGAGGAGGCUUCAUCUGCUUCCCUUUGACAAUUAUCAUGCCGGUUAUAAUGCAAGAAUAAGCUCCUUUCAUACUUGGAUGAAGUCUGGUAACAAGUAAUAUGGUUCUGCAGUUGUAUUGCUUGGUGUUGUUUGAGUCUUGAGUACUUGGGUGUUGAGUUUCUCUCACGAGGUGGAGGCCCUUCCUGUAACUUAAAUGUGGAUCUCCUUUAAUUGUUUCUCUUGUACUCGUCUGAAAGGUAGCUUUUUAUGUUUU